UCCAGAUCUCGGGGCUUUCAGUGGGAAAACCAGAGGUGGCGUUUCUGUGCGUGAAGGCCAAGGGGUGGUCCUCAUGUGUACCCCUCCUCCUCAUUCACCAGAGAUCAUGUACAGCUGGGUGUUUAAUGAGUUCCCCUCGUUUGUUGCUGAGGACAGUCGGCGCUUCAUCUCCCAGGACACGGGAAACCUGUACAUCUCCAAGGUGCAACCCUCUGAUGUGGGAAGUUACAUCUGUCUGGUGAAGAACACGGUGACGAAUGCCAGGGUUCUGAGCCCUCCAACGCCUCUAACUCUGAAAACCGACGGUGAGGCACUCUCACGCACCAUGGGCCCUGAUUUGUAUAAAUGCCCUAGGCGGACAAAUCUAAUGGAUUGUAUUGGAUAA